CACUGGGAUCACUGGAGCUACAGCUAGAGCUGGAGCUGGAGCUGUAGAUAGAGAUAGAGAUAGAGAUAGAGAUAGAGAUAGAGAUAGAGAUAGCGAGACAAGAGCACUCACUGCUGACGGAUCAUGCUUAUGGGCUUUUUCCUGGAUCUCUUUGCUUGCCGCAGAUUCCGCGGCGACGCCCCCCCGAUGGACGUGCCACCACCUCUGACUGUAAUGGUGGCACCAACGCCGUUCCCGGAGGCUGUGGUUGUGGAGCCACCCAUGGGGUAUUCCCAUCCCGCCAUCGAGGAAGAGCAGGUCCAGGAACUGGAAGUGGAUGACAGCUACGAGGGCUAUGAUGAUCCACGGCUGCCCGAGCUCAUAAUCUAACAGAUGCCGCAUGCUACUACCUGCCACAAUCCCACAUGCCACACCUCAUCCCACUUCCCCUGCGCUCCAUUCAUUUGGCUUAAUUAAAACUCUUUUGCAAUAAUCCAAUUACGGGCAAAAGGCAAAAACCAAAUGACAACAAAUGGCAUAAUGGCCAGACAUUUGCCAUAAAACUCUCUCUAUGAAAAAAAAAAACAAAAAACAAAACACACAAUCAAAUGUAUCCAAUAGAAAUCGAGCGGGCACGUUGGGAGUCGCAGCUAGCGUCCCGGCUCUACAUUCACCCUGCACCGGGAAGAGUCUGCGAAACGCGUGGCCUGCUGAUCUGCUAGAUACGGUUCUUCUCUA